AUGAAUGCCCACACUCUGAAAAAGAUGAAUCUGAUUGAAACAAUUGCUGCUCCUCCCAGCGUAGAUCAUGAAAUCUUGACCAGAAAGGCUCCUGCUCUGGCUGAUUUUGAAUUGUUUUUCAGAAAUGAGCAUCCAAACGUUGUUGUCAGUUAUCUGAAACUCUGUAAAAAGGAAGGCUCUGCGUAUGAUCCUGUGUGGAUAAGCAACCAAAACCUUUUCACUACAGCUGAUCUUGUACUAGAAACUGAGGAUCAGAAAAAGAAGAAGAAAAGAAAGCAAGACCAACAAGAAGGAAGGAAAGAAGAGAAGGAAAAGAAAGAGAAGAAAGAACAGCUAGAAGUUCAAGAAAAGAAUCAAGAAAAAGGACAAGAAAAGAAGGAAGAAAAGAAGGAGAAAAAGAGGAAGACUGUUGGUGAUGGACCUUCCAAGCCUCAGAAGAAGAAGCAAAAAUCUUCAGGUAUUUCUAUUUCUAAGCCUGUUUCUGCUCCUAUUUUAAUUUCUAAACCUGCAUCAAUGGAAGCUCCACCAGAAAAAUCACCAGAAAAAGCCCGAGAAAAUUCUCCUCCAACCACCAAACCUUCUAACCCUCCAUCUUAUGCCUUCACCAAGUCUAAAGGAAAACAACCUAUUCUUGAUUCAACGCCUCUAAACACAAUUCUUCCAGAUAAAUCUACACCUUCUAAAACUCAACCACCUCCUUCUCAAUCUCAAAUCCAAUCCACUCCUCAAACUUAUGACCCCUAA